GCGGGGGCCGUCGCUCCCAUGAGCCGUCGCUGCCCGCCUGCUGCUGCCUCGCUGCUGCGGGGGUUCAUCGGCCCCACUGCCCUCUGCCUGGGCAGGAGCAUGAGCCUCUGCGGGGCGCCGGCCGCCUGCGCCGCGGGGCCUGCGGGAGGCGGUGGCGGCGGCGCGGGCUUUUCCUCAGCGCGGCUGAGCCCGCCCUGGCUGCGGCUGCCUGAGGUGGCGGGCGCGGAGCCGCAGCGGGCCAACGAGCUGCUGCUGCUGCUCCCGCCGGCGGCGGCCCCGCGGGGCCCGGCCCCGCCGCAGCAUCAUGUUGUCUACUUCCCGGGGGACGUGCAGAACUAUCAUGAUGUUAUGUCUUGCCACCCAGAAAACUUUCAGUGGGAGAACUGGAGUUUUGAAAAUGUUGCUACCAUACUUGCCCGCCGGUUCCCUAAUAGCUUUAUUUGGGUUGUAAAGUGUUCUCGAAUGCACCUGCACAAAUUCAGUUGUUACGACAACUUCGUGGCGAGCAACAUGUUUGGAGCACCAGAGCACAGCACCGACUUCGGAGCUUUCAGGCAUCUCCAUGCGUUGCUGGUUAAUGCAUUCAGACUCUCUCAGAAUAUUCUGCUGUCCCAGAAAAGCGUGCAUGGUGUCAGCAAGGAUGCAAAAAUAGCUGCCUGUAAAUCCCAGCCGCAGUCUGUUCCUACAACAAAUGGUUGCUCAUCCACAGAAAGAGAGAGAGAUUGUGAAUGCUCUAAUAAUUCUGCUAUGAACUUCAUUAUACCGUCUGCUGUAGGUGCAGUGUCGUUUACUUUGAUUGGCUUCAGUAAAGGUUGUGUGGUUUUGAAUCAGCUGCUCUAUGAGCUGAAGGAAGCUAAAAAAGACAAGAAUACAGAUGCCUUCUUAAAAAACAUAAAAGCAAUUUACUGGUUGGAUGGUGGUCACUCGGGAGGAAGCAAUACUUGGGUUACUUACCCUGAAGUGCUGAAAGAACUUGCACAGACAGGAAUUGAAGUUCAUGCUCACGUUACACCAUACCAAGUGUUUGACACAAUGAGGUCGUGGAUUGGGAGAGAGCAUCAGAAGUUUGUACAGACACUUGAAGAAUUUGGUGUGGAAAUAAAUGACCAACUACAUUUUGCCGAUGAUGCUCCCUCCUUAGAUAACCAUUUCAGAGUUCAUGAAGUAUUUUGAGACUGUAUGUAUCUGAAUAGUAUAUUCAUUGUAAAAGCACUUUUGAUACUGGAAAUGUUGUCAUUUAGAUUUACACCUUUGAGCAGAUGCUUUCUGAAGAGAAUACUAAAUAAGUCCUGUGUUGCUGAUAGAUACUAUGUAUAAAUUUCAGAAGCUUAAAAAGGAGUAUUGGGACCUCAUACUUACAACAGAUGUCACUUGGUUCCUGGUUAAAAAAGCGUCAUGAAGAACUGUCCUAUACUUUUGCUUUUGUUAAAUGUGAACAUUUAUUUUCAAACUGUUGGAAAAAUUUUUAGUCCUGGGUGUCUAAUGUCAUAUACUGUCUUUAAUGGGAGUUUAAAGUACUUAAGACUUUCAAAUGUCUGGAUACUUCCAUUUAGUAGCUUUCAAGGCUAAAAUCUUUGGGCUUUGUCAAUAACAGACAUAACGUUAGGAUUUUGGAUUAAGGAAAAUGCUGAUUGUUAGAACAAUCUUAGUUACAGAUUUUCAUUAAUAUUGUUUUAAUUAGUUAAUGAAGUCUUCCGGGUUUGCAACGUUUCUCCUAUUGAAACAGUGUCACAAAUAUUUACCUUUGGAAUGGUAGUGCCAAUCCAUUUUCCUUCUUUAUGUGCGCCUUGCUUUUUCUGUCACUGUAAAGUUUCAUUGUGUAGUAUCUGCUAGUGAAUGGGCAUUUCACCUGUGGGCUUGAAAUUUUUGACAUAGCUAAGUGACCAAGAAUGUUGAUGAGAGUGUAACUUAUUGCUCUUUCGACAUACCUUGCUAUUGCUUUGACUAACGUCUAUAAGGACCAGCAGUAAUAUCUGUAUUUUCAAGUCAAGAGGUGUCUUUAUCCCUGCCUUGAACUGGUGCGGGUUUUUUUCUUGGUAAUUGCUGCAUUGAUGUUGAUCUACGUGGAGCCGUAAGUACAUAACGUAUUAAAAGUUGCAUAAAAAUUUUAGACUGUGUUGACUGCAGCUGUUUCAAAAUGUUUCAGUUUGGUGAACGAUUAUCUCCUUUAAACGUACAGCAGUAGCUGCUUCUACAGCCAGCCAAGAAUCUAUUUUCAGAGACAAAUUUUCUCUUACAGAAAAAAAGUCUUCUAAUUAAAUACAAAGCCAGACAAAUCAGAAUGAAAAGAUGGAAUCUAGUUCAGGCCCCAAACCUCAAUGUUCAGAAAGAAUUGCUGAAAAAUGGACAAAUGAGGGUAUUGGUGGAAAUUUUAUACUGUUGUAAGUAACUUUUUCCAUUUAUCUACAAAUAAAUCUUAGAAUCACUCUUAAAGACAACUGCAGCUAUUAACAAUAAACCAGAAGCUUACAAUGGUUUUCACUUUCCUAGAAGUAUAGGAAUACAAAAGCAAGUUAGCAAAUCACUGAAGAUUGCACAAGAAAUUCAGCUCACUGCUGAAAAAAAGCCAUUUUAUUCGACUUUGUUCCUAUGUUUGAUGGCUUAGCAAAAUCUUCCUCCUGCUUCUUGCUUCCCAUGACUCUUACACUGUGAAAGGAAAGUCCUGGUUCAUCUUUCUUCUAUGUGCACCGUUAAAACUUACAAGGUUCACUGGAGGCAGUAAUUUCACAGCUCUUGCAGUGGUUGUGCACACGUUAGUGAGCACUGCAGAAUGAGGAAAGUGUGGUGAACUCUCAAGAGAAUUUUCUUAAUACUCAGAAUAUUAAGGGUGGUAGGAUUAUGCAUACAGUGUGUACCUUACAAUGUGAAUGUGAACUCUGUUGUUAAUAAUAGACUAAUGUACAUAGUUAAUCAAAAGGGGAAACAAUCUAUUUUAAUUGAUGGAGAAAAGUGGAACUAAUUUAUUUUAAUUGGUGGAGAGAAGUGGAACAUACAAUCUAAUUCUAACAUUUUAUGAAAGAAUCUGAAAUCUAGUUCCAUGAGGUUUUUUCCUAAAACUCUCUCUUGGAGACUUUGUUCAAUCCUAUUUAUUGAUUACUUUCUUAAUGGGCCUAUAUGUGUUGCAAGGAAGGCUGUUUCCCUUUUUUGGUCCUUUUGCUAACAUUUGCACUAUACACAGGGACUUUUUUCUGUAAAGGAAAUAUGAGUCACCAAACAAAGUGGUUUUAAUAUAAAGCCUACAAAUUGCUUGGAAUAUCUUUGAUUAUCUACUUAUAAAAUAAACUUUAAAAAAAGAAACAACAGAAAACCCCAAAACACCCCACUGAUCUUGCUCCCUCUCAUUUCAGUCUCAGACUGACCAGGCUAACUCGAUUAUGCUAACACUUGCUUUGUCCAAUAACAGUGCACAUCACAGACCAAUUUCUAAACAAUUCUGUGCCAGCCAAAACAGCAGGAGUAGCUUGUUGCAAGCUUUUGGAAACAGCUAUUAAAAUACUGACAUUUCUUCGGGAGUUUCUGGAUGGCUGUCCUAUGAAAAUAAUAUUAACCUGUUUGAUGGAGGCUGCUUACAAUAACUGUUAAGUAGGUUCAAGUGUUGCUGUAUUAAUUUGAAAAAUAAGCACUUUGUUAUAAAACUAAUCUUGUUUUGAGACUUCAUGUUGUGGAGAGAAACUGGUUGUUUUUGAUUCUCUAAACAGUUGUAGUACUCCAUUGGAAUAUGCCUCUGUCGUUCACUACAAUGCAUGCUAAAAAUAAAUUUUGUAAACAGUGUCAAAAGUAAACUAUUUCUAAUGGGUGAAACCACUUUGAUGUGACCAUAAAACCAUUAAACAAGGAAUGUGCAGUUACGUUUUGUGGAUUAAGCUUUAUCAGGUGUUUGAUGGGGAUCUAGUUUAAAGAAACCAGCUUUAUUUGAUAACUUUUCUCCAAGGCAGGCUUUGUGUUUGUGUAGCCAGCAUCUGUAGGUCUGAAACAGCUUACAAACAUCUCACGUACAUGGGAAAGCUGGCAUGUACCCAAGGGUGUGAACGUUUCGGUGUUAGGAUGACAGGGGUCACAGUUUGUAUGAGCCUAUCUUUUGACAUUAACUGUAAAGGGAGUUUUUAAUAAGCUUACAUGUAAAGUUAAGUGAUUCUCAUGCUUGCUUAGAGUGGUUUGGUUCAAGAUGUCUCUGGUUUUGAAUGCAGUGAGCAACAUUACAUAGCCCUUAGUACAACAUAGUAUGUAAUAGCUGGUGUUUUAUAUAUUACAUGCUUGUUUCUUGUCCAAUAGACGAGACAUUCUUCAGAUUUUGAGAAAUGCUAAAAUGUUUUAAGCUUUGCCUGUUAAAUUCCUUUAAAACAGGGCUUAGUUCUGUGAAAUUAUCCAGAUUCUUUAUGACUUACAUGAUUUUAUUUUGUGUGCAUCUUAAAUACUAGAAACUUUGGUAACCUUUUUCUUAUCUAGGACUAAUUUAGUCACGUCUCCAAAUUCUGCUGCGUAAAUCAGCAUCAGCCCCUGAUUUUGAAAGGUGAUUAAGGGUCCAAGUCUUAACAUACUGCUGAAAGGAGCAAUCUUUUCUGUCCUCCCAUUGAUAACAUUGUGCUGCCUCUCAUGUGGUAGCACAGGCAUUUUAUGGUGAGCUGUUCUAUCUUACUAAACAUUAUUGCUGAUAGAGUGCUAUCUAUUUAAAUAGCCAUAGAAAUUAUUUUAAAUAAGACUGCAAUGUCAAGUUCAGGAGUUAGGGUGUUACAACUGUGGAUAUUCACAGAUAAAAGUGAUUGUGCACGAUCAUGUGUUCAUUUUCCCAACAGGUUUUUUAGAGCUAUUUGCAGAAAGAAAAUGUCACCUGUUUUUUUCUCCCCCUCGUGAUUUUCACAGUCCCAUCUUUCCUAAGCUAACGGUUACUUCACCAUCUCUGCAGAUAAACAAUAUUUGUUGUCUGAAACUUGAAGCACUGAGGUUAAAGUAUACCCAUCCAUUUACCUUGAAUUUUUAUUUUCAAUUCUUAUGACUUGAUAUAAGAGAGAAGGUAAAGAACAGUAAAAAUUUUGGAGUGUGUGUGCUUUGUUGUGAGCUGCAUUUUUAGGUACAUCACUGCCUAGCAGAAUCCACAAACAUGAAUUGUGUCUGGAGCCCCUUUGCCACACAAAAGCAAAGCUCUGCGUCUUGGACUGCAAUUCACGAGAGAAAGCCUCUUCAAAUCAUCUUUGGAGUUACUUCUUCACAAUCUUUUCAAUCUCAUAUUGAAAUCUCAUUUCAUUUUUUUUUUUUAAGGAUGGUAGAUUACAGGAAAAAAUAAGUUUGCUUCUGAUGCUCAUAAUGUGAUGAAAAUUUAGACAUUUAAAAAUUGCAGAUGGAGACCCUAGAGCAAGGCUGGCUUUCUGUUGGUCCUACUGGUCUCUUAACUCUGUUCAGACGCAAGGUGAAGUAUUAACAGCAUGAUUCACUCCUGCUGACAGAACCCACACAGGAUUAGUUGUUCCAUAUCACUGUGGAGCCCGUGAAAUUCUGAUUCAGGCAGUCAUUUUGCAUAUAAUGUAUUUUGGGUUAUAAACUAGUGAUGGCUUUGUAGUUGUUUCCUGUCAUUAGGGCUUUGUUACAUGUUUCCAAGUGACCCAAGAAGUGCCAAAUUCUACUUAAGCAAAUGAACAGAAAAGCAUCUGGUAGAACAAAAGGGAAAAAUAUAUUCUUAUCUGGUUUUAGUUCAUGUGUAUAAAUAUCUCAUGUACUUGAAAAGGAGCAGAAUGCCGUUGCUUCAAGGUUCAGAAUAAAUUUUCCUUCUUCUAGUGCGCUUUCAGAGAGCACUUUCAGUCACAAUUGUUAGCUUCCUUUGUUAAACUGGGCACUUCAGAGCUGAGUUGUUUCUAAAGAAAGCACUGCUGCAAGACACAGAAAACAGUCAAGGACACAGCAACGCUGAAGUGCAAAACAAGGCUCAUCACGUCUCCUGCACCGGAGUUUACCCUCUGAGCUGUACUCCUAAGCCUGGGUGUCAGGUAAAGCUAUGGCAUCCCUUACAGGCUGUCUGCAUAGCUCUUCUUUCUCAUUCCCCAGUGGGAGAAAUACAUUGAUUUUGUGUGGUGGAAGUUUUAAGCAAUUGUCUGUUACUGGGAUCUCUGUUAAUUGUUGCAAGCAAUAGCUUCUGAGCAUUUUUGUACAAACAGCAUUGCAUGUGGAGCAGUGCAUUUUACAUGGUUGAGCAAUUCUUUUAAUAUUUUCAAUCAUCUGGUCUUAAAAAUGUUGACUGGGAACAUAUCUGAACAAUUGGAAAGGAAGUAAUCUGCUCUUGUUGCUCUCAGGAAUCACCACUUAAAAGAGAUCAUUGCUGUCAGGAGUUACCACAUGGUUGAGAAUAGAUCAGAAUCUAUCCCCGGCCCCAGAGUCUGGCCCAAACCAAACCAGGACAUCCUUUACCAAAAACUUAGAUAACUGGAAAAAAAUAAUAGCUCAUCUGUCCUUCUAGUAACACUGGAUUCUUUAAUUAUUGAGUUGUAGUGACUUAGAGAGAAUCCCUUGAAAAAGUUACUGUCUCAGAACUUGUGUCUUCACCACCUGUGUUGUCUGCUUGGAAACAUCUAAAGGUUUCAGGUUUGGGAAGACACGUUUUGGCCAGAGGGAAAUAGAAGUCUGCACAAGAGUGUUUUUGAAGCUGUGAAGUAAUGCAUUUGGAGAUCACACAGUAUGUAAUACAACCUCUACUAUGGUCAAAUCAUCCUCUAGUCAAGUUAGUCCUGUUGUGGGACUAACAGUGUGAAUGAGGCCAAUAGUUUCAUCUUGCACAUUUAAAGAGUCAAACCCUUUCACAUCAGGCAUUUAACUUGACACUUGCAUUAAGAACCUAGAGCCUGUGUGGAUCCUGAGAGAAACACAUUCUUAAAUUAGGUACAUCAAAUCUUCAGCACAUACACGAUGGGCAGAUUUGUAAUGAUCUGUUUAGUAGUUUGACAAGAAAAUAUUUUGACCUGUUUUUUUUUCAUUUGAUUCUUUCCACAGCAACCACACCAAGCAAAAUGUAGAAAACAUUUAUCUUCUGAAAUUAUUUGUCAUCCUUUAUAUUUCAUAUGACCAAGAAUAAACAAUUCUUUCUGGGUAUUGAUCUGCAAUGAAUUUACAUUUUAAAAACCUCAGUCACCAAAUUUUUAGAGUAAUUCAAAGAUGUGGGCCAAGUUCAAACUGCUGAUUUCAGAUACUGUCUAUAUUUAAGCAUCUUAACUCAUCCUGGGCUGUCUGCAUCACCUGACUCCUCUGUUGCAGACCCUGUUUGAAGUGGCUGGUUUGAAUGCUUAAGAUGGUCAGGGUUUAUUUUUCUACUACCUGUUAGCACAACUUCAUCUGUUUUAUUGUGGCAUGAUCCUGUAUUGCUUUAGCUCUCUAAAGGGCAAACUUCCACCAAAUGUCAUUAGCUCUAGUUCUAUGUGUUAUUUCAGUAAUGGAUUUUUAAGUCUGGCUACAUGUAUUCUCACUGUGUUAGCUGGAAGUUAUUCCUUUAAUGCUUUUAUCAUUCACUCAUCACUUUAUUGCCUGUUUCACACCAUGUAGCAUAGUGGUUUGAAAGCACAAAGUAAUUUUAUUAUUUCUUUUAAACACAGUAACUUAAACAUG